AUGGGGGUUUUGUGGUCCCUGACCCCCCUGCCCCCCCAGCGCUCCCUGGAGACCCCCAACCCGCGGGGGGUGUUCGUGAUGUGCCUCCCCCCCCCCAACGUGACCGGGACCCUGCACCUGGGCCACGCCCUGACGGUGGCCAUCCAGGACACGCUGACCCUGACCCUGCACCUGGGCCACGCCCUGACGGUGGCCAUCCAGGACACGCUGACCCGCUGGCACCGCAUGCGGGGCCUCACUGCGCUCUGGGCCCCGGGCUGUGACCACGCCGGCAUCGCCACCCAGGUGGUCGUGGAGCGGCGCCUGCAGCGCUCGCGGGGGCUGAGCCGGCACCAGCUGGGCCGCGAGGCCUUCCUGAGGGAGGUUGUGGCGCUGGAAGGACGAGAAGGGCGACCGCAUUUACCAGCAGCUGCGGCGCCUCGGGGCCUCCAUGGACUGGGGGCGCGCCUGCUUCACCAUGGACCCGAAAAUGAGCCGCGCCGUCACCGAGGCUUCGUGAGGCUGCACGAGCAGGGCCUGAUCUACCGGAGCCGCCGCAAUCGUGCACUGGAGCUGCGCCCUGCGCUCGGCCAUCUCCGACAUCGAGGUGGAGAAGAAGGAGCUGGGGGGCCGCACCCUGCUCAGGUCCCGGGCUACGAGGAGCCCGUGGAGUUCGGGUCCUGGUGGCCUUCGCCUACCCCAUGGAGGGGGCUGGUGAGGGGGAGCCCCCCGAGGUCGUGGUGGCCACGACGCGCCUGGAGACGAUGCUGGGGGACGAGGCCGUGGCCGUGCACCCCGAGGACCCCCGGUACCAGCACCUGCGUGGGCGGAGCGUGCGCCACCCAAUCACGGGGCGGCUCCUGCCCGUCCUGCACGACGCCUUCGUGGACCCCCAGUUCGGCACCGGCGCGGUCAAGAUCACGCCCGCCCACGACGCCCGUCGACUUCGAGGUGGGCAGCGGCACGGGCUGGGCGUGCCGCGGUCAUCGGGGAGGACGGCGCCAUGGUCAACGUCCCCGCCCCCCUUCCUGGUGA